CCUCAGCCGCACUUCACUCUGACCAUACAUUUUCCCUUAAAGGCCCUUCGCGCCCAUCAGCAUGGAGCGUGGGGUUCAUAAUUGGCACGCCGCGACUGUCAAGUCGCUGGUUUUAACAUUACAUAGUGUUCGGCAGACGACCGGACUCCAAACACAACGUUGAUGAUAAUACUCACCUAUGCAACAUACUUGUUGGAAAUUACGACAUAGAUCAAGUCCAGGAAAAUGACCGUCAAAAACAAUCAAAUCCCCGCCAUCUACGCGCGGGCGAUCGAAAAGUACAAGGAAAUCACUAAAGAGGAUCUCGAUGUCGCCUUCCUCUGCAAGCUCCAGAAUGUCGAUGACCUGGCCAAAGAGAUCGAUGAGCGUAACAAAUCCUUCAGCGAGUACCGCCAUAAACGCGGCGUCAUCUUCGAUGCCAUGCAGGCGGCACUCAUUCCAGUCCAGCUGUUCGGCGAUAUAGCGGCCGGAGGCGCGUCGAUGGCCUUUCCUCCCAGCAGUCUUGUUUUUGGCGCAGUGACCUACCUCGUGACGGCUGCCAAAGGCGUGUCGAGCUCGUACGAUGCGAUUGAGGAUCUGAUGGGAACAUUAAAGGAUUUCACUAUCCGAUUAAAAGCCUACGGCCAGGAGCGAAUUUCCGAAGAUCUCAGCGACAAGCUGAGUGAUAUCCUCACCACGUUGGUGGAAAUUUUCGCCCUUUCAACCAAGGCCAUCAAGCGAGGUAGACUGCUCAAGUUCACUCGCAACAUCCUCCUGGGCACCGACGACGCCAUCAAAGAGGCAGUGGGUAAACUGGAUAAGUUGACCAAAGUGGAAGCGAGCCUCGUUGGUGCGGAAACCCUGGUCGAGGCCAAACGGACGGGGCGCGUGGUGGACACAGUCCAAACCACUGUCACGUCGACGAAUGUCACAGUGCAAGAGACGGGAAAGGCCGUCAAUCAGAUGACCGUGCAGGUCACCGAGGUACAUGAAAUGCUGGGCAACCUAUUGAUCGCGACGAACGGCAAGGAUGCAAAUCAUGGGGACUCGGCAAAGUCACAGCGCGACCUUGUGAGGAAGAUUCUGCAACCAUCCGCAACAGACUCGGCACAGGAUUGGUAUGACAAGAUCAGCAAAGCCCGCGUCCCUGGCACAGGAGAUUGGGUUAAGCAUGAAGAUGUGUUCCAGGGCUGGUUGCACCGAGAGCUCCCCGUCAUGUUUAUCUCUGGUAAUCCUGGAGCUGGCAAAUCCUAUCUUUCAUCCAGCAUUAUCACCUUCCUCAAAGACCAAUACCCGCAGGGGGUACAACAUUCCUCACAUGUCUCCAUAGCGUACUUCUUCUUCAAGGAUGACAACCCGACCACGAGGUCAUUUCACCAGGCCCUGCGGGAUCUCGCCUUACAGAUCAGCAGCAAUGAUACGGCAUAUGAGAAGUACCUUGCAGCCAUUGGAGAUCAUGGGAGCGUCAGCACUUUGGAAAGUGCGUGGCGGACCCUUUUUGUCAACUAUUUCCUGAAGAAAGAAUCGAUCACGAGCAGUGUUUAUCUCCUCUUCGAUGCGGUCGAUGAGGCCUUUGAGGAGGAAAGACUCCCCUUCUUGCAGCUUGCCAAGGACAUUCUGGACUCCCCGAAUCGCGGCCGUUUGCAGUUGGCCAUGGUUGGACGGCCGCAUAUCAGCGACCAGCUGGCUGAAGCGCUCGAAACCAACGUCCCGACAAUCUAUGUGACAACACAAAAGAAUUCCGCCGAUAUCGACCGAUACAUCAAAACUAGUAUUCAGAAAUCAGUGAUCCUUCGACGCGUCUCCCCCGCAUUACGAAAGGAAAUCGUCGAAAAAUUGUCAGUAGGUGCUGAGGGCAUGUUUCUCUGGGUGAAUUUGAUGCUGCAGGAGCUGGUGAAGAAGCGUAAUGAGUCCAGUAUCCGUAAGAGCCUGGAGCAGGCGCCCAAGGGCUUAAGGGAAAUGCUGCGCCAUGUCCUCAUGAGCUUCUCUGCCAGUCUGAACGACGACGAGCUGGAGUUUCUCAACGAGCUUUUGCUGUGGGCCACCUGUGCAGUUCGUCCACUGACCCUUGGCGAGGUGGAGGCAAUCCUCGAGUUAAAGUCGGCCGAGGGGGAUGGGAUGAUUUACCUCGAAGGUGCUCUUCGCAAGCAAUUCGCUGCCUUCUUCAACCUCGACCGCGAUGACGGUUUGACCACAACAGAGCUCCAGACCUUGGCAGACAGGGCAUAUGAGUCUGACGACGAACCUGUUACUAAAGAGGAGAGUGAUGACCAGGAAGCGUUCGAAGACAUCGAGAACAUCAUAGAGUUUGAUUCGAACAAGGAGUCGACAACCGUCACCUUCAGCCACGCUUCCCUAGGAGAUUUCUUCCGCAACACAAAUGAGGGCAAGGUCUCUGCCGCGGAGGACAGACUGCCGGUUGGAGUUGUCUAUAAUGAUGCCAAAGCCCAUGUCCUCAAGACGUGCCUCAAGGUUCUCACCGAUACUGAGUUUUCCCAGAAGCCUAAGGACCCCAGCGUCAUGCUGAACUACGCCGCAAGUAAUUGGGUGCAAUACCUUCAAUUAGUGCAGCCCUCAGAGACAUCGCUCGAGGACAAGAAGACAAUUGCCGGCAUGCUGGCCAGUAUGUUUGGUAUGGAAGAGUACAUGGCGAAAUGGGUGCCACGGAGAAGCUGGGUCCCAACAACCGAGAAUCUUAAAGCCAUUCACGGUUGGUGGGAUGAUCCCAAGGUUGUAGAGUCGCUUGCAGACAAAGAGGCCAAAUUCGUCCUUUCCGUCAAGGAGAAACCCGGCGAGACCUUCCGACCGAUCGCUAAGUUCUACACUAGAGAAUGGUUGGCUAAUGACAAAGCCAUCUGGCCAAUUGACGAGGCGGCGGCUAUGAUUGCCAGCCUUCUCAAGUGUCAAAGAGGGAUCAAUGAGGAUUUUCUUUCCUCUUUUGCACCGACUGUCGCGGAGGUCAUUGAGGCCGCUGAAUGGGCGCAGAUCGAGAAGACAUCCUGCUGGUACCAAAGGAUCGCCGUCGUGUUGCGCCGGACCGGCCACCUAGACGAGGCUCUGGAGUAUUACAGGAAGGCAACUGCCAUAGAUCCGAACAAUUGGAUUGCCAAAGCAGGCAUGGCCGUUACGCACAUGGAAAGACAAAAAUGGGAAGCGGCUGUUGCGCUCGAUAAGGAAGUAGAGGCAUUUUUAGGAAAGCUGCUCAUUGACGAGUCUGAUCAGAAAGAAUGGCUAACUGCACACCUGCACGCAACACUAGACCGCAUGGCAACCUGCUAUAAGGAGCUGGGUGAGGGGGAGAAGCAAUACGUUGAGAUCAAGAAAGCUCUCGCGGUUGUUCCCUUCUGCCGCGUCUGCACACAUAAGAUACUGCGUUUCCAUAACGAAACGGGCCGAUUUGAAGAGACCAUCUCUCUUGUGAAAGAAUUCACCGACGCAAAAGUUUCCGACAAAGAGUACAGUCGGCUAACCGAGUUCCUAUGGAAAAUGCCAACCGCGGAUGAAGGGGUGAUUGAGUACUUAGCUGACGCUGGCCAGGCCACGGGAAAUCUCAAGCUCAUAGUGCGUUCCUACCGCGAUGCGGCCCGAGCGGCCCGAAAGUUGUCCAUGACUGUUGUUGCGGCUCAUUUGGACCUUUCGCUCGCGAGAAUCUAUUCCGAAUACACGCGAGAGGAAGAUAAGGCGACAAAGGGGUGGAUGAGGAUUCUUAACACAUAUGGAUCGGCCAAGGAAGAAGGCCAGAUUGGCUCAGCCAAGGUGACCGCCUCCUCCAAGCUGGCCCAACUUUGGUUGUGUCAUGCCAUCGAUGCGGGCUUGGAUUCUCCUGAGGCGGAGGAGUACGUGGGCCGGUUGGAGCAGCUGGUUUCACGGUACAGGACCGAGGACACGUCCGCUUUGUGGGUCGCGGCGCGGGCUCGGGCGAUUUCUCUGGGUGUGUGGUACCGCUUGAUCGGCCGACACGAUGACGCGCGGGCUUUGCUCGCUCCAUCCGUCAAACGGGCUAUACAAAUCUUAUCCGAUGAUGACCCGGAGAACGAUGACGCAGGAUUGACAGAUUUGCAAAAUGCUUUGCUCGCUGCCGGUGAUGCCAAGAAUGUGAUUGCGAUUGCCUAUGCUCUCGGACGAUAUGCGGAUAAAUACGAGCAGCAAAUCAUGGCCGGUGACUACGUCUACACCUGCGAUGGACCAUGCCGAAAGCUGUCUCGAACGAUGGAGGGCAUUUCGUUGUGCUCGAUCUGCUUUAACACGGGCUUUUGCAAGGAUUGCGUGGAGGUGCUGCGGACGGGGCCAUGCCAUUCCGAGUAUAAGGUGGAGGCCAACCGAGUUCUGGUGGAGGGACAGGUUUUGACCUAUGCGGAAUGGCUCGCUCAGUUGAAGAAGGAAUGGAAGGUGUAGGUCGCCAGUAGCGGGGAUUGACGGGAAGUGGCCAGCUUUGUCAUGUUUCAAUAGCGCCAAUCCGUUAAUGUAUCGCCGCAAGUUGAUUGAUGUAUCAGUAGGGAGGAGAUGAUGAGGACAAUGGACUAACCUGAGGGUGAAAGGUGAGAGUGGAGAGACUGUCAAGAGAUGCUUUCCCCAACACAAGAACAACAUGUGAUAUGUGCUGGCCUGCCGGGAUUAUCAGGCACCAACCGCUAUUAUCAUUUCAAUAAUGUAUUUUCACUAUACGUCCACCAGACUCGGACUGUCUAUCGAUGUUGC